AUGAUGCGCUGUGCCAUAGAAACUAGCGGAGUGAGUUUCAGCCUGGCGCUGUCCAGUUGCCAGGUUGGGCAGUGGCGGAGGGCUGUCAGCAUUCUCCGGUCCAUGCACUUGCAGGAACUCCGCCUGAACGAAUUCAGUGCCAGCACUGCCAUCCAAUCCCUGGUGAGCGCCACUCCACAGGGAGCGGUGUGGCGUGCUACACUUGCGACUUUGAGCAGAUUAGAAUUGACCUCCGCUGGACUUGACCGCUUCUGCUUCAACGCUGUGCUUAGCGUGUGCGAGCCACGUGCUGCCUGGACUCUCGCCCUGCGCCUCUUCGAUGGUUUUCGGGCGCGGAGGUUUCAGCCGGAUGAAGUCAGCUACACGUCGGUGCUUGCGUCUUUUUCAGGGGCAAGCGCAUCUGGCCGCUGGCUGUACGCAGCCGAUCUGCUGAGUAGGAUGGCUGCAGCUUGGAUUGCCUGGACUGAUGAGGCGGCCAUAGCAGCAACAGCGGCCUCAGCGCAGUGCACGCAAUGGUCCCACAGCCUGGAGGUCCUUGGCGUUUUGAAGCACAGGAUUGCCCAGGGAUCUGCAGCAGCUGCAGUUGUGGCCGCAUGCACGGCUGCCGGGAAGCCGCUGCCAGCUGCAGCAGUGCUGACAGAAUUAGAUCAACGCUUGUCUGGAAGCUUUCCACGUUGGAGCAGCAAAUCAGCUACGCCAAAGUGCCCAACA